UCGUUAAGUUGAAAUUUUUCAAAAUGUGACGUGAUUGACAGUUUGAGCGGUUUGAAAAGCGUCUGAUAAGGAAAUUUUGGUGCUGGAAAAUCAAGUGAAAUGGCUUUGUCUCCGUAUCCAGCGGAGAAGAUUUCUAGUUUAGGUCAAGAUGAUCUCCAGGAGGAGUAUAAGCGCCUAUGGGCAAUUCGUCAGAGCCUGGAAAAGCAGGUUGAGAGUGGAAAGCAGCAAAUUUACGAGUUGAACAGGAGCCUUCAGUCAGGAAAUGCUACCCAGAAAUACCUGUCCAGUGAACUGGAGUCCAUUCAGAGCACCAGGGAGGCAGAGCUGAAGAGUGUGAGGCAGAAGUUUGCCGGAGAAAUUGAGAAGAUGAAGAAUGAGAUUGGGAAUCUGCAGGAAGAUAGAAGUCAGCUGGAAAAGCAAGUGGAGGACAUCAGAGAGAGCCUUGAGAAGCAAAAACAGGAUUUCGAGAGGAGAAUAGCGGAAAAGGAGGCAGAGAAGUCUCUCAAUGUUUCAAAGAAUGAAUCCUUCAGUGCUGAGGCUCAAAAUGAAGCUCUGCUGGAGAAAAUCACAGAGUUGGAAGAGCAGAACUUCCUGCUGACCAAUACCCGUCAGGAAUUGCAGCAAGAACGUGAACAGUUGCUAGAGAAAGUGGAAAUCUUGGAAAACCGUUCACAGAGUCGCCUGGAGGAGCUUCAGGAGAAAGAAGUUUGGAUUGAGGAGCUGCAGUCGAAGCUCUUUGAAGUCAACACAGAGAUCAGUGCCCUCAAGAACAAUCCAAAUGCCCUGAAUAGCAAGGGAAAUUCCCUUUUUGCCGAAGUCGAUGAUCAGAGGCAGAAGAUGAGGGACAUCCUGGCAGCUCAGUCCAAGAAGUACAAUCAGAUGAAGGCUCUCUACCGGGAAGGCGAAGCUGAGAUCAAAAGACUGAAGCGAGAAAAUUCCGAAAUCGCAGAGGAAUUCAAGUUCAUCAAGAACAUGUUCCUGAACGCCGACGUGACCUUCAAGAGGCAGCUUCAGGGCCAGAUUGGGGAUCUCAGGAGGGAGAAUGGGGAACUGAGGCAGAGACUGGCAUGGACUGAGGAGAAACUGAACCAGACAGCAAAGGAUCAGGGAGUCAAUUGGCUCGAUGAGAUGCUCAAAUAUUGCGACGAUCGGGUGAAGAAGAUGGAGGAGAAUCUCAAGGGAGUCCUGAAUCAGAAAAUCCAGCUGGACGAGUCCAAUCACAAAAUGCAGCAAGAUCUGUCAAAAUGGCGCUACAAAUGCCUCAAAUACAAAUGUGCCCUCAUCAACAGGGAACUUCUGCUCGAGGAGUCUGGCAUGAAGUUCCCGGACAUUCAGGAUGUCCCAGUCAAUUCCUCCGUUCAAGUGGACAUUGACAAAUUCGAGGACACCUUCGAGCGUCACGUCAAAGUGGAAGGAAACGAAGCCGGGAAUGAGAAGAAGACUGACUUUGCCAUUUUGGAGGAUUCUGCAAUGGAUCUGACCGAGAAGGAAAAUUCCUCUGAGGAUGCAAAUAGGAUUCAGUAUCGCGACAUUGAAUUCCCUUCGGUGAUCAAUCAAAAGCCAAAAAAUUGUCCUGUAGAUGUAUAUUUAGAUUCUAAUGCACAAACAUCCUCCAGAGACAAUCUUCCCAGUGGCGAGAUGAAGGAAGAUCAACCUCCGGACAAGACUGAGCCUCCUCAGAAGCAUAAAACUCCUCGGUUCACCAUCAAGAAGAUUGUCUUUAGAAAAUGAAACACAAGUCUCUCCGGAGAUUUUUCAUCCUUUCCACUUUUUUAUUAUUAUUAACUCCUUUUUUUAUUAAUAGCUAACUCGCGUCCAUCUAAGUUUUUUUUAUUAAUAUUGGUUUUUUUUUUACUUAAACAUCUCCUCCGUCUUUUUUUUAUAUUACGAUUUUUCUCAAAUUUUCUUUUGAAAUAAAAACACAAAAAAAAAUUAAUGCUGGCAAAUAGAAAUUGUAAUACGAUUAAUUAUUUGCGCUGCUUCCUUGAGGAAUUUUUCCUUUUUCUUUUCAAUUAUACUUCAAAGUUUUUUUUAUUAUCCUUCGGUGGUGAUGAAUGUCACGCGAAUUUAUGCAGGAAGUUGGAGUUUCUUGCCUUUCAGGACUACAAAAAAAUAAAAUAAAAAGAAAGAAAUAAUAAAUUGAGAUAACUUACACAAUUCAAAGGCAAAAUGUCCUUGCGCAGAGUUGCAAAUAUUCUAGAUUGAGCACAAGAGAUGAAUUUGAACAGCUGUUAUGAUACGUUUUUUUUUUUAAACAAGAGAAAUGUUAUUUAUUUUUGUAAUUAAAAUGUUGCGACAAUAAAAUGAGUAUUUUCCUCCUAAA